UAUGAGAUGAUCCCCCAUCCUUACAGACGUCCGUUCGUAGCAUAACCUUGCGCAAUGAACCCUAGAUCCUGCCACUCAUGUGGACUGAUGCAUCAGAGGUCGCAGCGGAAUUCGUCGGCUUAGUUUAUCUCCACCGACAACACAAAAUGGUUGACGUGUCUUCAUCCAUUGUCAUCAAGACGUGCCAAGUUCAAAGUUUUUGUGUUUUGACUGAUGCAAUAUUGAAUAUAUUGACACGUCUCGCUUACCAACUGAAAGGUUACUUCUCAACCUUUCAUUCAAUGUCUAGAUAUCGGUGAAACUUUGGACUGUAAGCGUUUACCACACGUUAAUUGUUAAUUUGGACAUUGCCACAACCUUCAUUAAUGAAGUAGAGUAGUUUAAAAGAAGAAGAAGAAGAAGAAGAAAUCGGUCGUUAAGAAAAGAAUCCAAAGCUAUAUCUUCCUUGCUGUUUAAGUAGGCCCUAAGGACAAGGAAAGUCACCCAGUACUUAAAGAUGCACAAUCAUGUCAGUACACUCCUCUUCUUGCUGUUCUGUUACUUUGCUGUGAGCAGCCCACAGGAAGCAGCGAAGGAAGCGAAACCAUCUGGAGGCCGAUAUGGAGCUAUGGUAGCUGUGGAGACUGAGGAUGAUGAUGCUUCUGUGGAGGAGGAAGCAGCAGAGGCCAGCUCCAAGAAGGUGACUGUAGAUAUCGAUGGGGAGCAAGAUCCGAGUAUGGAAGUUUUCUACCCGACAAAGGAUUGGCAAACAGUGAAGCCAGGCCAGUCCAUUCCAAAGGGUCUCCACGUCAGGAUGAACUUUGAGACAAAAAUGACGGAGGCAAAACUGAUGGAAGGAGAUGAUGGAAUGAAGUACUGGAAGAAAGGUGACAGGGAGGGAAUCGUGAAUACAAAACAGAAAUCUUUUACGCGAGAUGAGCUGAAAGAGGCACUUAAGGAAUUCAAGGCUAAAAGGGAUGAUGUCCAAGAUGUAAAGAUAAAAGAAGAAGCCCUAAAGAAGAAGUUCAAAAGUUACGAAGAACUAAAGCAAGAUUUGAAGACCAUGAAUCUGAAUGUGGAAACAGACAAUGAGAUUAUCACCAAGCUGCUGGAACUUUACAAGAAUGAUUCGAUAAGUGUUGACUUGAGGAAAAACAUCCUCUCGGACUUGGAAUACUACUUACACCAGAUUGACAAUGCAGUCGACUUUUCUGUUAUGGGUGGUCUGGACCUGGUUGUUAAAGACCUGAAUCACACAGAUCCUCAGAUCAGGAGUGAGGCAGCCUUUGUCAUUGGAGCUGCUGUUCAGAGUAAUCCAAGGGUCCAAGUCAAGGCCAUUGAAGCCGGUGCCAUGCAGCAACUGAUACGAAUGUUAUCCAUAGAGAAAGAUCUAGCCUUGAGGAGUAGGGUGCUUUAUGCUCUGUCAUGCCUUCAGAGACAUUUCCCAUACGCUCAGACUAAGUUCCUCAAAUUGGGCGGCAUGGCUGUGCUGACCUCACUUUUCACUCAGCCUGGGACGGAGAAACUGCAAGUCAAGGCGAUAUCUCUUACUCAUGAUGUACUAUUAGAACAGCAAGACGUCAUGCAAAAAUCUGACCUAAAGGAUCCUCAUGAAAAAGAAAAACUUCGGCAGUAUAAAAGUGUCCAUCUACGUGAAGCCAUGAUAGAGCAAGGAUGGUGUAAUUACAUUCCAAAUCUUCUAGUCGCCCAAGACCACGAUACGCGAGAGAAAGUCUUGAACGCCAUGGAACUAGUCUUACACAACUGUAAACCAAACUUUGCCAAAUCUGUUGGAACUCUCCAGCAAUUGAAGGUGGAAUAUGAACAGUUAUCAUACGAUGAGCGUAAAGAAGGGGAUGACGAUUAUUUUCAAAAGUUAGUUGCAAAUUUGACGAAUAUUAUUUCUGGUCUGCAGUCUGUGAAUGGUGCUCAUCGAGAUGAGUUAUGAUCUCGGAUUAAUCAUACACUUUUAACAUAUUUUUCUGUUGUAUUUUGUGUACUGAUGUUCCAAGGACACGGAUGAACCGCCCCAACGUUUCAGUCCUGAAAGAGUUAACAUGUUGUUUGAGAGGGUCUCGUUCUUGAGACCAGGGUUUAUGAAUAUCGACUGUAAAUAUACUUUUUGCUUUUCAUAAUAAAAGAAACAAAACAUGA